GCUGAUUCACUGUGUCCACUUGAUUUCACCGGAUUACCUGGAAGUAUAGUCAGUGUUUGCACCUCGGACUGACAGGUACGCUUCAUAAAUGCUCAUAAAGGCAACGGGAUAUUUGAGUGUUUUGUUCUAAAGCUUAAAUAAUCACGUUGUGUUAGUGCGCACGCAGCUGUUAUCUCUCCUUCACGGAUGAGUCCUGCCUCAAAGUUUUGCUGCAGGGUCCAGCUGUGUGUCCGCGUAGCUUCGCUGCGGCACUGGUUUUAGAUUUGGUCAUUUUGCUGCCAUUUUGGGUCCUUGAAGCAUCAUUUUAAAAGGCAGCGUCUCACUUUCAGCCCACAGCUCCUCCGCAUAAAGACGAUCAUCGGGUGAAAUCAAGAAAAGGAGUCAGAGAGAGGCUGCCGGGCCCAGUUCCUGUUUGGGAUCAUAAAUAUUUCAUACUGAAUUAUCUCUCCGGGUGAAUCUGUAAAAGUCUGGGUUCAUGCCGGAUUUCGAGCACUUCAGAUUUUCCUACUCUAGCAUGAAUCCGGUCCUGGGGGAGAGUGGUUUCCUGGCCCCGCAGCAGCAGCAUCCCCAAAUGCCGAGUCAAACCGACUCCGCCAUCCCGGAGCCGGGCUACUUCCUGGGAGAACACGCCAGGUUCGGGCUCGAUGGGUUAUCCGGGCUGGACCUGGGCGCCGUGCCACCGUCGGGCCUCGCCUACCUGCACCUGAGCAGCCCCCUGCACCGCGUCCCACCGGCGGCCACGGCGCUGCGCAAUGACCUGGGCUCCAACAUCAGCGUGCUGAAGACCCUGAACCUGCGCUUCCGCUGCUUUCUGGCCAAAGUGCACGAGCUGGAGCGCAGGAACAAGGUGCUGGAGAAGCAGCUUCAGCAGGCUUUGGAGGACAACAGCGGCGGAGACGGACACCGGAAGCCCCUCACCAAAGACAUGGGAGUCCAGACUGGAUUCAUCGGGCCUAUCCCAGCCAGACCGGGUUUCAUUCCGCUCUUCAACGCCAACAAUCCUGCCUACCUGCCCGGAGGCCUCCUCUCCCCCACCCUGAACCCCCCACCUCUCUUUGACAACAAAUACCUGAGCACAGAUUCAAACUCCAACCUCACCACCUCUGGCUUCUCCGUUAGCCCGGCUCUGAGCCCCAUCGACCCAACCAGAACUGUCUCCAACAUCAAUGAGAAGUACUCCGCUCACACCGGCACAAGCGCCACCAGCACACACCCUCCUCCUCCUCCUGCACCACCGCGUUUCCUCCCCGGAACGAUCUGGUCCUUCAACCACACCCGCCGCUUUGGCACCGGGAAUGAGUCGUGCGUCACGGGACCCGGAGUCUCCUGGACACAUCCGGACGGUGUUGGAGUCCAGAUCGACACCAUCACACCGGAGAUCAGGGCUCUGUACAACGUGCUGGCCAAAGUGAAGCGAGAAAGGGAUGAAUACAAGAGAAGAUGGGAGGAUGAGUACGCAGCCAGGAUGGAGCUGCAGGAGAAGGUGGCUGAACUUGAGGAGGACCUGCAGGAGAGCGAAGUGUGCCAGGACGAGCUGGCUCUGAGGGUGAAGCAGCUGAAGGCGGAGCUCGUUCUCUUCAAAGGACUCGUCAGCAAUAACCUGUCAGAUCUGGACACUAAGAUCCAGGAAAAGGCCAUGAAGGUGGACAUGGACAUCUGCCGCCGUAUCGACAUCACCGCCCGCCUCUGUGACGUCGCCCAGCAGAGGAACUGCGAGGACAUGAUUCACAUCUUCCAGCAGGUGCCCACGCCGCCCUCCACUUUGAGCCGCCGGGCCAGGAAGCACAGCGGGCAGUCGGUGAAGGGCGGGGAUGGAGACGAGCUCAGCGUGUCGGAGAGCGAGGGAGGUGGGGCUAAAAGCGAGGAUUCAUGCAGCACGUCGGCCAAUCAGAUCAAUGAGCAGAUGCAGAGGAUGCUGAACCAGCUGAGGGAGUGUGAGUUUGAGGAUGACUGUGACAGUCUGGCCUGGGAAGAAACCGAAGAAACUCUUCUACUCUGGGAAGAUUUUCCAGGAUACACACUGGGAGUGGAAACACAGGGAGAGGACGAGUCCAUCGAGAAGGUGAUUAAAGACACAGAGUCUCUGUUCAAAUCCAGAGAGAAGGAAUACCAGGACACCAUCGACCAGAUAGAGCUGGAACUGGCCACAGCAAAGAGUGACAUGAACCGUCACCUGCAUGAGUACAUGGAGAUGUGUUCAAUGAAGAGAGGCCUGGAUGUCCAGAUGGAGACCUGCAGGAGGCUCAUCACACAGAGUGGAGACAGGAAGUCCGCCUCGCUCAUCUCGCUGACGGUGGACGACUCGGACAGCGAGGAGAAGGACAGGAAGAAGCCGGCGCUGCCUGCCGACUCCGAGAGCGGCGAUGUCAAUGGCGCCAUCCCACCGCUGACCUGGAGGAAACCCUAACACACGCUUCCUCUGCUGCUGCCCGCAGCCUGACGAUGACAAAGCAAACUAAAGCAGAACGUACGCAGGUCCAAAGUCUCCCCUCUCAUUUUAAGCCUCCAAAAGCAGCCGGUCUGAAUUUUACCGAUCAUGAAAUCAGCCAGCAAGAGGAGUUUCUCCAGCUCUUAAUGAACCCGUCAUUACUUAUAGUAUAAUAAGUCAUUUUAAUUUGAAAAGCUGUUAUCCACCGUAGGGGUGUUGCCCUCGUGUGGUUACUAGCUGUAACUGCACAUGUGGAGGUCAAAACUGAACUUAGAUGCACUUUAAAGGUUACCCAUUAAUUUUCUUUUGCACGCUGAGAGAAGAAAACUGUGAUUGCAUGAUUUCUGUAACACUGCAGGAGCAAAAGAAGGAAAGCAGUUUGCACACAUACAGUGUUUCACUUAGUCACAUGCAGCAGCUUCAAAGCAUUAAGGCUCAAGUUUAAUUCACUUUUUUCAUUUCUAACUGUAGUAAAGUGGAAAAGUCCAGCUCACCUUAAACUGAUUCCAGCAUCUAAGACAAAAAGACACCUUUGAUGCUGACGCCAAAAAAAAGCAUUGGAUGUUUGAAGGUUUAAAGUUCCCUUUUUAAUGAACCUGAAAAUAUUCUGUAAGUUUAGAUGAGCUUCAGUUUUUCCUGAAUUUGAGGUUUCUGCCCGUGUAAACCCUAACCCCCUCACAGCGUGAUGUGUGAACAUUAACCUUUAUACAGAUACAGAGCUUCCUCUUACCGCCACACAAAACACCAUCCAGAAAUAGAUCAUAGAUUUCUAUAGUUUGUUGAUAAUGUGAUGACGAAGGCUCCACGCUGGUUUAAAGUGAACCACAGUUAAUAAACUGGUUCAGUGAGGACGUGCACUUUUAUCUAUUUUUUUAAAUGACUGUGGGGAGAUGUACAUUUACAGGUAUUUUGGGUCUGUUCUCACAUGUCUGGCAGCAGUUUGGUCUCAUGGUUCAGUAUCUUUUGGAUACAUUAACAUAGACCUAAUUUCCUGUCAUAUCCUGCCCCAGUGACAAAUGCAGUUUUAAUUAUGAAGCCGGGGGCUGUACGAGUAAACCGUGCAGGCUGAAAGUUCAGGCUGCUGAACACUCAGUUUAACAGUUUUUUUCUACUCGUGGAUCUGUGUGAUGUCAUGGGGGGAUCCCACCUGUAGUUCAUUUUUUCCUUUUUAUGAGGGGCAGCCAAUCACAAGAAGGCUGGGUAAAAGGAGAAGGAGCUUAAAAAUGCCCCCCAGCCCAAAAACAAAAAAGAAAAAGAGUUUAAGAUGCCUUUACUUUCAUUUUAUCUUAAAGCAGAGGCGCCACAUUAGGAUGAGCCAGUGUCACGACCCUGAAAUCCACACACAGCUCUGCUCGUAUAACUCUGAUCUGUUUCAGAGGAUCAUCUGUGAUUUUAA